AUAUAUGAAAAACGACAAGCCGCGCUUGCGCGCGAAACAUGUACGCUAGUUACAACAAAAAAAAAUAACCUCUGCAGUAUAUUUUACAAGAUAUUUUUUAAAUGAAUCAACUGACAAUAAAUUAAUUAAAAAUAAUUACCAAUUAUUUAUUUGCGAGUUUUAUAAUUAAAUGCAAAAAUGGUUGCAAAAGAUGAAAACAUCGGCAAGCAGCUGGACCACAAUGAUGUUGAUAAGAAAGGAUCUUCUAUUGAAAUGGGAUCGGAUCCAAGUGCUCCGAUAACACGUCGCGGUAUUUUAACGUCUCUGUUGACUGGAAAACCGAUGGAAAUACCCGAGCAGGAUAUUUUAGGAAAAUGCAGAUUUGUAUCAGAGUUUGAAAAACUAAACCGCAUUGGCGAAGGUACCUACGGAAUCGUCUACAGAGCGCGAGAUACUAAAAAUGACAAAGUUGUGGCCUUGAAGAAAGUGAGGAUGGAGCACGAGAAAGACGGGCUGCCAGUGAGUGGACUGCGGGAAAUAAGUGUCCUGCUGUCAUGUCGCCAUGAAAAUAUCGUUCAGUUGAAGGAAGUUGUUGUUGGUAAAAGUCUAGAGAGCAUAUUCCUGGUGAUGGAAUAUUGCGAGCAAGAUUUAGCUAGUCUUUUAGAUAAUAUGCAGGCACCGUUCUCGGAGAGUCAAGUCAAGUGCAUUGUAUUACAAGUAUUAAAAGGAUUACGUUAUCUACACCAUAAUUUUAUUGUCCAUAGAGAUUUAAAAGUUUCGAAUUUACUUAUGACUGAUAAAGGAUGCGUUAAAAUCGCUGACUUUGGUCUUGCGAGGUGGUUCGGGUUACCAUUGAAACCAAUGACACCAAGAGUCGUUACUCUUUGGUACAGAGCACCUGAAUUACUUCUUCAAGCCAAGACACAGACUACUUCUGUCGACAUGUGGGCAGCUGGUUGUAUUUUAGGUGAAUUACUUGGACACAAGCCACUCUUGCCAGGAAGAUCAGAGAUCGCACAAUUAGAGUUGAUAGUCGAUUUACUCGGCACCCCGAGUGAGGCAAUUUGGCCAGAAUUCAACUCACUGCCAGCUCUACAAAAUUUCACGCUUAAACAACAGCCUUACAAUAAUUUAAAGCAGAGGUUUCCUUGGCUAAGUGCAGCUGGUCUCAGGUUACUGAACUUCCUCUUCAUGUACGACCCAAAAAAACGUGCUACUGCUGAAGAGUGUUUGCAAAGUAGUUACUUCAAAGAAGCGCCUCUACCAUGUGAUCCAAAGUUGAUGCCGACCUUUCCACAGCACAGAAACAUGAAGAAGACGAGCCAGCCCAGAGACGUUCGUGAACCAGAAGCGCCUGUCAGCGACCAGACUAAUAAUCUACCAGCUAUAUCUGAUUUACUCGGGUCGUUGGUGAAAAAGAGACGCGUCGAAUGAUCGCCAGUAAUCAAAAGAAAGCCGAAUUAAAAUUUUUUUCAUCAUUGACAUUAAAU